AUGUUGGUCCUUGGGCAUGCCCUUAUCAUUCCACUCCUUGAGCAGCUCCCAAUCCCUUUCAUCCAAAGCGGGAUCAUCCGUGCCAUACCUCGCGAUGAGGAGUCCCGACAGACUACCACUCUUCCUGGCUACCGCCAUGCCGGGUCGUUCACCAGGUGCAUCGAUCCAGCCGUUCUCACCGAGGAUUCGGUCGCGGUUUGCAACGGAGAUGUCGUCCGUGAAGCGCUUGAGGAAAUCCAGAUUGGCUUGGUCAAAUACACAAUCUUCGGUACCGUGUAA